CGCGUGGAGUGAAAGUAGGAGUACUGUACAACGUUGGUUAAAGUUAAUGUAUGCUGUUUUGGUGGGGUACUCGUUUUUUUCCAACACCUUUGAGAUGGACACGUUUCUUUCAAACAGCUCUCAGAUAAAUAUCACAGUGCCGACUGAAGACUGGACAUCUGUCUACUCAGCAGUGCGGUGGAUCCAAAUGUCCAUGGCACUUCUAAGUAUUUUAGGUUCAGGCUCCAUUAUUUUCUACACUGUUCUCCAAAGACAUGUAAGGACGUCUGAGGUACAACCACUAUUUCUUUUGAGUUUAACAGACCUGCUGUUAGCUGUGAGCUGGUUGAGUGGUGCUCUCCUCUUUAGCAACUCCUGUGGAUCUCAUGUUACCUGUUACAACCUCCAUACUGUGGAGCAGACACUCUUCAUGGCUUCCUUCUUCUAUACACUCCACUAUGUGUGGGUGCUCUACACUGGUUUAAAGGAGAAAUAUUGUUGCAGACUGAAUGGUUUCCCAGCUCAGCAUUCAACCCAAGCAAACCCAUGCAGUCAACUGGCAGCAGUUAUGUCCUGUGUUUUGCCACUGAUGCUCACAGUGCCAGUCUUCAUAGCAGGAAAUGUGUCGCACUGUUACGUAAAUUUUACCCAGCCCUACAGAUGCCUUUUGUUACACACCGGUGCUCUCUACCUAACCUCACAGGAGAGUGAGAUACUCAUGACCUGUAAGAUCAUCAAUGACUACACCAUUGCUACCUUCCUAAUAUCCUUCUUCUUCACUCUAACUGGGAUUGUGGUGCUAAUGGUAAAAGCUCGCUCCUUGUACAAGCGCUGUUUUACUUCUCAUGGCUUUUUUGCUGACCGUCAGUGGGCCACACUCCGUGUGCUGGAACAACGUAUGAUCCUUUACCCAACUGCAUUCUUUUUUUGCUGGGGACCAGCAAUUUUCCUGGCCACCAUGAUGUUAUUCAAACCAGAGGAAGUGGAAGGGAAGGUGGGAGUUAUCCUGUACAUUCUACAAGCCCUCACUUCUGGCUCUCAGGGUCUGUUGAACUGUCUGGUGUAUGGAUGGACCCAACAGUACUUCCGUAAUCUAAGCAGUGGCACUGUGCAAGAUGCUGAUACCCAAACGCCACUGUUGCGUUCCCAGAAAAAAUCUUACAACACCCUCUGCUCAUCCAGCACAGACAUGCAACACAUCUGAGGGAAGCAAAAAAGAAAAAUAUUUCUCAUAGCCCAACCUAUAGACUAAACUGCCUUGACUUUGGCUGAGUUACUUGUGUGACAGACAAAUGGCUGGACAUCUCCAAAAAGAUGUGUUUUUACUUCUGUGGUCACACACAGGGCAUGGCAUGCAACACCAGGUGGCAAGUCAGGAGGGUUAAACACGAGGACAAAAGUGCUAUAUGAGAGUAUUGAAAAGUGCCUCAAAGAAGGAAGAGGUCUGGUAUUGGUUUUGUUAUGAGUCCUGCUGCUGCACCUGCCAUCAGAAAGCUAUGCAAGGAAAUUCCUCUACAGAGCUAUGUUUAUAAACAGCAACAAGCUUUACAUAAGGUUAGAGACUGAAAAGUGAGAUAGGACUUCUUUUUGACAGCUGGCAGGAAAGGACUAAAGUAACCUUCUUGAAGACACACAUUAAAAGGAACCAUAUUUUCACAAGAGUCUUAUAGCAGACUUAAGAAUUUCAUGAAAAGUACACAAAACCUAGCACAUUUGCACUUUUUUUCCUUGGGGAAACUGGUAAAACACACGUGUGUCAGAAAG